ACAACACCAGUAUUAUGUGGAUGAAUGAUGAUGAUGAUGAUGAUGAACGAGACAACAAUCAAGUUAACAGAAAUGAAGAAAGCCAUGAAAUCAACUCCAUCUCUGCAUUCAAAUCGAUUCUAGAAGUUGAAGAAGAUAACAACAAUAACUGGUUCAUGCAACACCAGAACCGCCAUGAAAGCACCUUGAGCUUUUCUCAGAACAAUAUCCUGUUACAACCAGUUGAUUCUUCAUCAUCGUGUUCCCCAACUUCCGCUUCUGUUUUCCAGAAUCUCGACCCGACCCAUGUUCAUUACUUCUUACCUCCAAAACCCACCAUUGCUUCCAUUUUGAACCCGAUUUCGAAUAAUCCGUUGGAUGGAACGUUUGAUCUUGGUUGUGGGACUGGAUUUACUGGGAUUCUUCCUGGGUUUUGCGAUAUGGGUUCGCAAACCCAAAAUGGGGUUUCCAAUUUGAGCUCAGAUCCUCAAUUUUCAGCCACCCAUUUGCUUCAAUUGGCCGGAAAUGGAUUCGGGUCUCCGGCGUUUCCGGGUUUCGACGACGGAUCCACCGGAACUUCUUUGGUUUUAAACCGGUCUAAGUUGCUUAAACCGUUGGAUAAUUUCGCUUCAACUGGAGCUCCACCGACUUUAUUUCAAAAAAGAGCUUCUCUGAGAAGAAACUUGAGUGACAUUAACUCCGGCGACGCCGGCGGCGGCGGAGGAGGAAGUUUGGGGGUUUUGGGUGAAGGAAUGAAUGAGAAGAAGAGAAAGAGUAGCGGUGGUGGAAGUUGGGAUGAUGUUGAUAAUCUUAGUUUGGAUGGCUCCGGUUUGAAUUAUGAUUCCGACGAUUUCACGGUGAACACCACCGGCAAUUUUGAAGAAAAUGGGAUUAAAAUUAGCGGUGGGAAUAGUUCUAACGGGAACAGUACAGUCACCGCCGCCGGCGGCGGCAAGGGAAAGAAAAAAGGGCUUCCGGCGAAGAAUUUAAUGGCGGAAAGACGCCGGAGAAAGAAGCUUAAUGAUCGGCUUUACAUGCUCAGAUCCGUCGUCCCAAAAAUCAGCAAGAUGGACAGAGCUUCAAUUCUUGGAGAUGCAAUCGAGUAUCUAAAGGAGCUUCUACAGAAGAUCAAUGAUCUUAACCAUGAACUUGAAUCAACCCCAUCAGGGUCAUCAUUGACACCCACCGCCGCCGCCGCCGCCACCACCAUGGCCGCCGCCGGAUUCUACCCUCUAACGCCAACUCCGACGAGCCUCCCGUCAAGAAUCAAAGAAGAACUUUGCCCUAGUGCCAUCCCUAGUCCAACUGGCCAACCUGCAAGAGUGGAAGUGCGGCAGAGGGAAGGAAGAGCGGUUAACAUACAUAUGUUUUGCAGUAGAAGGCCUGGUUUGCUGCUUUCCACCAUGAGAGCUCUUGAUAACCUUGGUUUAGAUAUUCAGCAAGCUGUUAUAAGCUGCUUCAAUGGCUUCGCUCUCGAUGUUUUUCGAGCCGAGCAAUGCAAAGAAGGGCAAGAUGUUCAUCCUGAUCAGGUUAAAGCCGUGUUGCUGGAGUCGGCCGGUUAUCAUGGUGUCGCCUGAGCCGAGAUCGAGUGUUUGAGAUGAUGGUUGUUUUCGUUUUUUGUUUGUUUGUUAGGUUCGGUCGGAGUAGGUAGCGUUAAAUUGGCUAAAUUUGCCGAAUGUUUUUAAGGCGUUUUGGAUUUGGGUUUAGAGGUUAAUUAUGUUGUUUCGAAUGGAUAUCGUGUU